AUGCUGGUUACCAUUUUAGGGAACUCUGUUGGUAAUUUCAAGGAGUUGCAUAAUCCUACCAACGUCCUUAUUUUAUCUCUUGCUCUUGCAGACCUACUUGUGGGUGUCACUGUGAUGCCCUUCAGCACCAUCCGUACCAUUCAUGGUUGCUGGUUCUAUGGUGAUGGCUUCUGUCUGCUGCACUCAUGUUUUGUAAUGUUUCUUACCUCUGUCUCUAUCUUCCAACUAAUUUGCAUUGCUGUUGACAGACAACAAGCCAUAUGCAAUCCUCUGCAUUAUUCUAGGAAUAUCACAAUGUCAGUGGCCUGGAUUAUGGUAUGUGCAAGCUGGGCUUUGGCUGCUGUCUACUCUUAUGGACUACUUUACUCAAAGGCCAAUGUAGCAGGGUUAGAGGAUUACAUUGCAUCGAUAGACUGCCUUGGCAGUUGUAACCUUCUCUUUAACUCCCUUUGGGGAAUCCUUGACUGUGUUGCCUCUUUUUUCUUUCCCUGCACUGUGAUGGUUUGUCUGUACACUAAAAUAUUUGUUGUGGCUAAAGAGCAUGUAAGAAAGAUUGGAGAUAUGAGCAAAUGUUCAAAUGACAGAGUAGGAGGUGGGUUGAUUAAGCAGUCUGAGCAUAAGGCUGCAAAGACUCUAGGUAUUGUGCUUGGUGCAUUCAUCUUUUGA